AUGAAAAACGAUGAAACAUACCAACAGUACUUCUUGGACAUGAAAGAAAUCGCUUUACAUGGAAAAGUUGAAGACGCAGCCCUAAUGGAAUAUGUUAUAGAUGGAAUCAAAGACCUGGAAACAAAUAAAGUUAUACUCUAUGGCGCUACUGAUAUUAAUGAAUUUAGAAAGAAGUUAGACACCUAUAGUGAGUUCAGAAAGAAGAUGCAAAAAAAACCAACUCUAUCAACAUCACAGCAAGGAAAUCGAAAAGCACCUAGCCAAGAAACACCAAAGAAAAGAUGCUAUAAUUGCGGUGACACGGAACAUCAAUCUUCCACGUGCACCAAAGGAAUCAAGUGCUUUAAAUGUAACGGAUUUGGGCACAAAGGACCUGAAUGUCCAAAUAAGUCUAAAAAGGCGUUACACAUCCUGAAAGAAGAGAAGGAAGAAGUACCAUUCAAGAAAGUAAAGAUAGAAGGAAGCGAAGUACGAACACUGAUUGAUACCGGAAGUGACGCUAACCUGAUGACUAGAAUUGAAUUUGAGAAGAUGAAAGACGACGUAAAGAUGUAUAAAGACUCUAAGAUUCGUUUGACUGGCAUAGUUAGGAAAGAAAUUUUUACAAAUGGAUCUAGAAUGAAACAUGCUGACGCGUUAAGCCGCUACCCCACAUGUUUUGUACUCCCACAUAAAUUGGGUGUGAUUUGUAUGUUUUUUUGUUCGUGCGCACGUCAUGGAUGGGACGAUGUCAGUUUUCACGGUUCGGAUCAAAUUUUAACUCCAAAUAUCGACUUGUUGGCGUAUUCAGGAGUGGCACUGGGGAGGUACUACAGCCACGCGAUAUGUACUCCUUCGCGAUCAGCACUCCUUACUGGAAAAUAUGCAUAUAAGAUAGGAAUGCAAGGCUAUCCUCCCUUGACGAUGAGUGAUGAUAGAGGGAUCCCAACGAAUUUGAAGCUUUUGCCACAGUAUUUCAAAGAUAUUGGUUAUUCAACUCAGUUGAUUGGCAAGUGGCAUGUCGGUUCCUCUCGCGAAGAAUACUUACCAACUAGAAGAGGUUUUGAUAGUCAUUUCGGUCAUAGAGGUGGUUACAUGGAUUAUUAUGAGUACACGUAUGAAGAAUUGUGGUCUGUGGGCCAUGUUUCUGGUAUGACGUUAUUCAGAAAUUUAACACCUGCUUGGGACGUAGAAGGAUACAUCACUGAUGUGUACACAGAUCAUGCCGUAUCUGUUAUCAAGAACCAUGACACAUCGACUCCACUGUUUCUAAUGGUUGCUCAUAAUGCGCCUCACUCAGCCAAUGACGGUGCCCUAUUGCAGGCACCACCAGAAAUUGUUAGACAGAUGAGACAUGUGGAGUCACCUGAGAGGAGAAUAUUUGCUGCAAUGAUGAAGAAACUUGAUGAUGGCGUUGGUAAUAUUGUCAAAGCUUUACACGAAAAAGGAAUUAUAGAAAAUACAAUAGUAACAUUCAUUUCUGACAAUGGAGGCAUGUCGUAUGGACAGUUUAAUAACUUUGCCUCGAAUCAUCCAUUCAGAGGAAUUAAAUUAACACCUUAUGAAGGUGGCAUAAGAGUAACUGGGUUACUGUGGAGUACAAAAUUGAAUAAUACGAAUCAUUAUUGGGAUGGAUACAUGCACGUCACGGAUUGGUUGCCUACAUUGUUGAGUGCUGCGGGUGUAGAACCGCCUCCAGAUAUUGAUGGCAUCGACCAUUGGAAGAGCAUUAACUCUAAUUUGCCUUCAAAGCGGCAAACAAUAUUUGAAAUCGAUGAUACCUCAGGGUAUGCUUCAGAAAUCCAUGGAGAUUAUAAAUUAGUAAUGGGUGACGUCGACAAGAAUUAUGGUAUUCAUCAAGGCCACAAUCUUACUGGGAUUAUUGGUAAACCGCCGUCUUAUGUUGACGCCAUUUUGGACAGCACAGUGUACGGUGUCCUUGACUCAAUUGGAUUGACCUUCGAUACAGUCAAUUUGAGUUUGAGGAACAAUACGACAGUCAAGUGUGAUUUAUCUUCACCAACGUUAUGCCAUCCUAGUAACAGAACGUCAUGCCUUUUUAAUAUAAGAGAGGAUCCGUGUGAAACGACGGAUUUGUCAGCGACUUAUCCUGACUUAGUGUCGAGAAUGCAAGUUGAGUUGGAAGAGGAGGUGGGAAAAACAAUGUUUAGAAUAGGACCAGUUUUUAGAGACCCGUUAGCUGCUCCCAGUCGCUUCAAUUACACAUGGGACGUUUGGAUCAAGUGAGGUGGCUAAAUCUAUAUUAGAUGCAUAUUAAUCGUUUAGUACCUCCGGUGUUACUCUGAAAACCAGUGUAGUUAAUUUUAUGAAGCAUUUGAGGCUCAUCCAGCGGUCGAUUGAUUAUGAAGAGCUUGUCUUUAACAUAAGUAUCAAGUAAAUGUGCUUUAAAAGGGACACUUUUUCGCCGUUAAAAGAAAACAUAGUAAUGUAAUGAAUAAUUCUCAUAGUUCAGCUUUGUAGUGAGUUCCAGGGAGGAGAUUGUUAAAAUAUUUACACUCGGAUAUCACAGGCGAGGUCUUGCUUGAGUUUUGUCCUUACAUUUUUCAUUUUCGCUUAUUACGUAAGCAUGUGUGUAUUGAGUCUGUGAUCUCGUAUAUACUAGUAUGUUGCGAUUAAUAUUAAUAUUUAAUGGAAAGAAAUAUUUGUGUAAUUUAUUUUACCAAUUUUUAGUAUAGCUUUUCUUUCGCUUAUGAUUUUUUUAGCUCAGAAAAUUUUAUUACCUGUAAAACGUAAUUAAAAGCACGCUUUUAGUUUAAAAGGAUUUUAAAAUGGUAUUCAUUUGUUAAUACUCGAAUAUUAAAAAAAUACUGUUGUACAUUUACAUCGUACGAACAUAGUUUUUAUAAAAAUUGCUACAAUAUUUUUGCUGUAAUUAAGUUAUUGUUAAAUCUAUAAAGCUAUUACGGCCGUGUGAAAAUGUUUUUCCACUGUAUGUUUUAUGUAAAAAAAUAUAUUUAUAAAACGUUUUUCAUUUAGAUAUUCAUUAAUGUCCGUGAAUAUGAACGCGUAGACAAUAUAAUGUAAGUUGCUUCUCGAUG